AUGACGAUGCCACAGAUGAGGGCUUCAAUCUUAUCUCUUUUUGUGUCGGGGGUUAAAGAAAUGCCUCGUGGGCGUGUCCACCCACCGCACCGGUCGGUAGCCGGCACGGGGACGCAGCCAAUGAAUGCGCUUGCGCAGGUGCGCGCGUGCGACGGCGGGCCGCGGCCGCGCUGCGGCGUGGCGCGCGCCGCGCCCACUGGGGCGCUUUAUCGGACAUACGGGCCCGCAGUUCUCAAAUUAAACAAAUGUAACAAAUGCAAAGGCAUUGUAGACAAGUACAUUGAGUAUGAUCCUGUGAUAGUGAUGAUUGAUCUCGUAUUAAUGUCCAAAGAAGCUCAAAGACAUGUUAUUUAUAAUACUGAUUUCAAGUCAUACUGGAAGCUUUUCAUAAUCCUGAUACUGCUGGAGACAUACGGAGUGUGGCGCAAUGACAGCCUGUUCAACAUAUUGAUCAACUCCAUUUGUGGCAUACAAACAAACACCACUAUCAACUCCACCUACUUAUACCUGCCUAUCAAUAUUUCUGCCCCUGGCUCUUGGAAGAGUCAGUGCAGUGGCUGGGUGCCUGAGGAGAGAGCUGAUAAUUUUGACUUAUUCAUAUGGGAGAAAGAUUUCUACAUACAAUUUAUUUCAACUUUCACAGGUAUAAUAGCAUUUGUCUUGACUACUCACUUUCUAAUGACAUUGCUGGGAUCCCAAUCAUCAGAGCAGAAUAAAGUGUCACUUGUAAGAGUAUUAAAAGCAUUUUCCCUAGCAAAUGUGAGCAUUCUUUUCACAUUACCAAUGUUGGUGUGGGGCAACACUGAAACUUCUACAGAGACUAGAACCAUACAUUACUUGCUUGUAUUUGGGUACAGCUUUGUUGUAUUUCUCAAUGUAUUUACGGUUUUAUAUGAGUGUUCUGCAGCAGUCACAAUAUUUGUACUUGUAAUAAGCAAUUGUGCAAAAUACCUGACUACAUUCCAUGGGACUCCAUUUCUGCACGUGUUAGUGACAUAGCAAGAAACAAGUUUCAGUAACUGCAGUAUCACAGAAUAUUUAUUUAAAAAAUAUAUUCACUUUACACUUUAAUAACAUAAUCAUUGGUACAUACAUAAACUAUAUUUUGUUUACAAGUAUGUGUUACAUGUUCUGUUAUUGUGUACUUACAAUUCUAACAAUUUGUUUCCAAAUUAUUUAAAAUAAUAUGCAUAUUUUGCAAAAAUAAAUCCUUAUAAUUAAUCUGCCCCAUGAAGUAAAGGAAAUAUAAAUGUAAUAAACAAAUUAAAAACAAAAACACUACAUACAUAGAUAUAGCUAAUGAGGCUAAAACAAUGCAGCAUACCUAUUAUUACAACAAACAACUUUUAGAAAUUCACACAUUUUUUUAUUUACUUACCUUAUAAAUU